GCGGCGAGGGCUGAGGCCGGGGAAAGCGCUCGGUCCAGCCGGGGCUCUGCAGGCGGAGUGGGCCGGGGCGGAGGCCUAGGCGCGGGAUAGCGAGGCCCGACGCCCCGCCGAGCCCUGCGCAGCCGCCUUCCCGGCCGGCCGCACGCAGCGGGCUAUGUGGGAAGAGGCUAGCGGUGCCCGAUCGGGACACUGUGGGGGUGCGAUGGGCCCAAGAGAUGGGAGAGGACGCGCUGCAGCCCCUGAUAACCGUUCAGCUCGCGGCAAUCCUCCUGCCUCAGCCACCCGAAGCUAGGGUUGCGUUAUAGGCGUGGUGACCCAUGCCUGCCUGGGGUGGGACCUCUUUGCUUGUGCCUGGGUUUGUCUCUUUGUCAGCUUUUCUCAAGCAUUCUGUGGAACAAAUAUUGGGCAGUGGGUUUGGGAAGGAGAAAACACAUUGCCGAAAAGUCAAGAUUUCUGUUGUACUGCCCGCCUUGACGGUGUACUAGCCGUAAAGGCAGAUGUCCCCAGACCGUUAUCAGUUUCUGAGAAUCAAAGCUGUGCACCAUUCAUCAAACAGUGCAUUCAAGAGCUGCAAGUUUGUUACCCAAGAUGAUGAAUGCUGACAUGGAUGCAGUUGAUGCUGAAAAUCAGGUGGAAUUGGAAGAAAAGACUCGACUUAUAAAUCAGGUGUUGGAACUCCAACACACACUUGAAGAUCUUUCUGCAAGAGUAGAUGCAGUUAAGGAAGAAAAUCUGAAGCUAAAGUCAGAAAAUCAAGUUCUUGGACAAUAUAUAGAAAAUCUUAUGUCUGCUUCUAGUGUUUUUCAAACAACUGAUACAAAAAGCAAAAGGAAGUAAAGUGUUCACCUCCCUCUUGUCAUGUAGUUGCUGCUUUGUUUUUUCUUUAAAGCUUGGAUAUGAUCCAGAAGUUACAGUAUCCUCCUUUGCUUCCUUGAAUAUUUAUAAAGAGAAUGUCAGAUCUAGGUAAUAUUAACUGCUUUACAGGAAACAUCCCUAAGUUAACAUUAUAUGUGUUACAUUAGUCUAUGACAAUGUGCAAAUGUAGAGACUUUAUAAUUAGAAUUACAGAUAUUUAUAAAACUUGAAGAUGAAUGUUUUGCCAAUUUGCUUAUAUAUAUAUAUAGGUUUAGCACUGUCUUUUAUCAUAUGCCUAACUCAUAAAAUACACAAGAGAAUAACCAUGUUGUGACAAAGUGACCAAAACCAUGUACUGAAUGCACAGCUCUGUACCUUGUCCACCGUCGUGUGCCUCUCCUCCAUCUGCCUCCUCCUGCCCAUCUCCCUGACAGUAACCUGAGUAAUUGUCACCUACCAGAGCAACCUGAACUGUAAUUGUUGAUUCUUAACCAAAAUAUGACACUUUCUUAGCUAAAGCUUGCCAUUUGUGAUAUUUAGUAAUAAGAUAGGAUUGCUGGUUUCUCUUUAAUCAACUGAAAAUAGAUUGAAGCUAUAAAGAAUGAUUUUUCUUUGAAAUGUAAAUUGUCACAUUGAGAAACUCAACACUCUCUUUUGCACAAAAUAGCCCAUUUGGUGUUGAAAAGAUGAGAGUGCUGGUCAUAUAAAAAUAGAAAAUCUUGAGGAAAGAUAGAAAGGGGGGAAACUGGAUAAACAAGUAACCAGCUCCAAAUAUUUUCCCUCCAGAUGUGUUACCUCUGGCCCACAGCUGCACUUUUGGGACAGUAUGAGAGCAGACUAAGUCUGACUGACAUAAGCGGGUUAAGUAAGCCACACAUGUCAGAGAGAGACCGUUAAGAAGUUGGUCUCAAGGUUUGUUUGUACCCAUGAGAUCUUUUGCAAAAUGAAUUGAGAGUAUAUUAGUAUCAGAAUCAUGAAUAUGAGAGAGUUUUGUAUAUGUGAUACCUGUUAACCUUAGUAUUUUAUCUCAGUUGUUUCCCCCAGAAUUUUUGUAAACUCAGCUACAUUGUUUGCAGAAUUUUAGUCAUUUCUUUUAAUAAUUUUAAAAAAUUUAGUUUGUAGCUUUCAUUUGAUAAAGGAGUUGAUAUUGAAAGUAAUAUUGAAAUGUUAUAAUAGAGAAGAUCCACUAAUGCAGCUGAUGGCUUUUAGAUUGGUCUGUGUUGACUUGUGGAAUUAUCUAAUGUAUUAGUGGCGUUAGCUAUAUGGACAUGUAAUCCUCACAUUGCAGAUAUUUUGCAACCCUUUUGUGACUGCGUUACAAAUAUUUAAAAUUGUGUUCAGGUUAUGCUUUGCUGUUUUAAUAAAAAGCUGUUUCAGA